AUGGAAAGACCGUUCAUUGUUAAAAAUGUUCGUGAUAAAGUGAGACACACAUUGGACAUUUUGUCAGAUUCUGACCAAGAUGAAGAUAACAUCUCUGAUGAUGCGUCCAUGUAUUCUGUUUCGUAUCCAAGUGAUGAUUUCGAAGAAAGUUCCGAUGACAACAUAAGUCAAAUUGAAGAAAGCAAAAUAUUCAAAGAACUGAAGCUCCAUUCAGAAAUUGCUGUGAUUGUACUUGAAGAAGAUGCACAGAGAUACCAAUCUAACGAUAUCACAUUCGUCAGAUGGACUGCUGAAGAUCGAAAAAUGAACCAAAUACCUCUCACUGAAGAUGAUUUUGAGAUAACAGACAUCUACCGAACAACAGGUUUAUUCACCGCAACAGAGGUAUCAGUGGAAGUUAAAGUAAAUCUACCCAAAACACAUAUUUCUCAUCAUGCUAUUUUUGAAUAUUUUCUAUUAGUUGAAACAGACAAUAGAUGGCUUACCCUUCCUUCCACAUUGACCACUUCAAACGGUACCUCAUUGACCAAACUACCAGAUUAUAUGGAGAUAUCGUCAAUAUGUGCUAUAGCCAGAAGGAUAAGUGAAAAGGUAACAGUUACAGAAGAAGGUUUUGAAUUCGUUUCCGAACUUGACACCAGACUGAAAUUGGAUUUCCCCAAGGGGGCUGUUGAUCACAAUACAGACAUAGAAAUUCAGAUAUUACCAAUAGAUCAAGAGAGGGUCCGCGAAUUAAAAGAAUAUAAUCCCAAACUGUUUAAUACCAUCCUUAACAUGUCUGAUGUUGUAAGUGUAAAAUAUGAACAUACCAAAGAUUUUAAUAAAAAUGUAAAAAUCCAGCUUCCAAUGUCUUCAACCAUACCCAAUGAAGACGAUUUUCAACCACUAUUUAUCCGAUGGAAUGGAACUCAACCUGAAAUAUUGAAUGAUAUUUUAUCAGAAGUAGAACCUGAUGUUUAUUCUACAGCAGUAUCACAUUUCUCAGAUGCAGCGGUGGUGAUAGCAAACAGACAUACAAGAAUAGAAGAUACCUUAUAUGCAGUUGAAAUUAUAUCGGGAAAAUCUGAAGCUUGUAACAUUUUAACUUUUUACACUUUUGGAAUACUCGGAAGACAGCCAAGUUUGUGGGUAGAAUUGGUUCUAUCAAAAAAUAAAGAUGAAAUCAGGAAGAAAAGAGAAGCAGAAGGUCUCACAGAACUACCAUACAGUUAUUCACCUGAUAUGCAAAUUAAGAACCAGGAGCGUGUACAUGUAGCACUUAAACUCAAUAUAGAGUUCCCUCCAGGAUUAUGCAAGUCUACAUUUUAUCUGAAGUUCGACAAAUUUUGUCAAUCAAAUCAUUUUAUUUUCCCAAUUGUCCAGAAAAGUAGGAUGUGUUCGCCGCAUUAUGUGGCUAUUGAAUAUGAAUUUUCAAAGUCCAAAGAAAUUCAUCCAGUACAUUUUGAUCCUGUAACAAUGAAGAAAAAUCUUUUGGUACCAACAAAGAACCAGGCGCAAGAGUCAUUGACGCAACCAAGCGAUGAUAGAAAACAAACACAAAGACAGAAUACAGGUUUUGGUAUUGAGAGGAAAGGACCUAGAAUUGCUUGGUCUGACCAAUCUUCCAAAAAUACCACCAGGACGAAUCAAGGACAAAUUCAUAGUCAUACCAAUCUGUUGCAUCGACAAACGACAAAACUGUCUGGUAAUAUUUCGCUACCUUCAGCACAACUUGCUAGAUCUUCCCAGUCUCCCCAAAACACGAGAGGUCUAAAUCAAGGAAAGAUUAAAUGUAGUGAAAGCAGCCAGCUGAAUCGGGAAAUGACACGUCAGCCCAGUUAUUUUUUGAAACCACCACUUAAGCUCUCCCUACCCUCUGACCAAACAGAAACUAAGUCUUUUGAAGAUCCAAUGUUUUCUGAAAAAAGCAUGAUGAUGCUGGCCAAAACCUAUGGUAAUGCAACUGGUAAAGAACUUGCCAUUUGUUUAGGAUUCUCCCAUGCAGAUAUAACAAUUAUUAGCGACAAAACCAAUGGAUUUGAUGCAAACUUUGUUGUAUUAGUUAAGUGGUUACAAAAAACUAAGAGUCAUCGUCAAGAGAGAUACGGGCUUCUUAAAAGAGCUUUCCAAAGCAUUGACAGAGGAGAUUUAGUAGAGUUGACUGAGAGAGUUAGACUUGAAAAUCGUGGUUUUACGAAUACAGACAAACCAUAG